ACUGCCUUUGCAGGGCAAGAAAGGUGGAUGUCUCCAGCAACCACAUGGACAAACGUGUUUUCCUUUGCAUUCUCAACGGUCUAUGUCCUGGUGCCUUGCAUGUUGAAUGCGUCUACGCUGAAUCUCUUCUAUGCCUUCUACAUGUUGCUGGCUGCUGCAUUCCUCUCACCUUGGCACACCCCAUCAGAGCAAGUCUACAGCUUCUCUUUCAUUCUGGUGCUGUUCUUUCGACUGCCCUUCUUGCUGUUGUGCACAAGACUGUCGCUCGUGCUGGCCAUGAACAUGGUCUUCUUGGUGGUGAUGGCGAUGCGGGCAAGCACCGAAGUGCUGGGACGCUACGGCCACCUCAACGUGGUCCUUUGGACGGAGCUGUCCUCCAGUGCUAUAGUUCUCGCUGCUGCUGUCGCUUUGCAGAGCAUGCUGUGGCGUCGCGUGGAAAUGGACCUGCAACGGGAUUAUGCGACGACCCACCUAAGCGCUUCCCAAUCCCUCCUGCGGCUGAUGU